UGUCUUAGAUUUAAAUAUAUACUCUGUCAUGUGAAAUUGCAUUUUAUUAAAUUGGCGACGAGGAUUUUAAAAUGAAUCCGGAAUUAAUGGAAGAAUUCCUUAAGGUACAACAAAACCAACAAACACAAAUAACUAAAAUACUGGAAUUACUUACACAAACAGUAAUACAAGUAAGUGGAACGUCACAGACCCCUACUACGAGUGCAACAGACUCGAGCAUAUUGACAACAUCGUCAAACACAGUCUUAAAAAAUUUUAAAUGCGAUCAAUUCAAUCCCGCAACAACGGAUAUACAUAAUUUCAUAGACUACUUUGAAGUCAAAUGUAACAUAUGGGGUGGAGACACUGACAAUGUGAAGAGACAAUUACUUUUCACAUGCCUUAGCCCUGAAAUAUUCCAUGAAGUUAAGGUAGCGUUCACACCGCAUUUUGAAACAUCGACAUAUAACGACAUUAAAAUUAAAUUAAUUGACCUUUAUGGUACUAGAAAAACAAGGUAUAAAGCCCUCACUGAUUUUUGGAAUGCAACACGUCAACAAAACGAGUCAAUGACAAAUUAUGCAAACAGGCUAAAGGAACUGAGUAAGGAUUGCAAAUAUGACAAUUUGCUAGAGAGACAAUUACGAGAUAGAUUUGCAACAGGCCUUAAUCAUGCAGCGUUAGAGAUAGACCUAAAACAAAGAUGGCCUGACCUGCUUGAGAAAGAUGAGACUGGAAAAUUAAUAGAAGUCACAUUCCAACAACUAUUUACUUUCGCUCAAUCCAGAGAGAUAGCAGAAUCUGAUAACAUUGUUAGAAGAAUAAGAGACAAUAAACAUAAACGUACAAACAAUAAAAACAAUAAAGUUAUAAACAGAAAACUCAAAAAAGACCACUGUUUCAGAUGUGGAAAUAAACAGAAGCAUAGUAAUGAUGAAUGCAAAGCUAUAAAUCAUAAUUGCAAAGCAUGUGACACAAUCGGCCAUUUCGAAUCAUGUUGCAUUAAAACAGGACGCGCUUUUAUUGACAGCAGGCCGCACACACAAAGCAUUAAAAGGACUCAAAACACCACUUCAUCUCGCUACCAAGACGCGAAUGAAUCAUCAUCAUCAUCAUCGUCAACUACUACAGACGACGAAUGUAGUGAACAAGGAGUAUAUCACCUUAACAAGAACAAAGACUGCAAGAGAAUAGACCCCAUUAUCAAUGGCAUACCCUGUACAAUGGAUUGGGAUACAGGUUCGAAGUUCUCUAUUAUAAAUACAAAAUUUUGGAAACAAAUUGGAUCACCACAAUUAAAACGUUCACCACCUCUGAAAGCAUAUGGAAAUAAUGAUUUUAAACUUAAACCAAGAGGACUAACAGAAGUAUCAGUGGAAAUACAGGGAAAACAAAAAAUUCUUCCUGUCAUUGUCAUGAAGACUUCAGACCCUAUGCUGUUUGGAUUAGACUGGAGUGAAAUGUUUGGAAUGGAAUUUCCGGAAGCUGUAUAUUCUAUUAAAGCAAUUAAUGAACAACAGACACUACAAAACAUCCUAACAAAUUACGCAACACUUUUCAACAACAAACUUGGUAAAGUAAAAAACUAUCAGGUCAACAUUCACAUUAAACCGGGAACAGAAGCAAAACAUUUUCCACCACGUCCUGUAAAAUUCAGUAUCAAAAAGAACAUUGAACUGGAACUAGAUCGAUUAGUGCAAGAAGGGAUUAUCACAAAAGUGGAUCCUAACAUAACACCCGUAGAAUGGUCAACUCCAACAGUUAAUGUCGUAAAACCUAAUGGUCAAAUUCGUAUUUGCGGUGAUUAUCGCGUCACAAUCAACUCUGCAUUAAUAACACACCUACAUCCAGUACCACUUUUUGACCAAUUAAGACAACAGCUUGCAAAUGGUGAAAAAUUUUCCAAAAUUGACUUAAAGGAUGCAUAUCUUCAAUUUGAAAUUGCCCCUGAAUCAAAAAAG